GAUGAAUAAAAUCAUUAGAUUUGGAUUUGCUACUUAUGAGUCAUUGAUAUAGAAAUUAAGCAGUGCUGAUAGUCCUUCAACUAUAUUACAAAUAUUCUAAUAAAAUAAAGAUUUAUUUAAGCAAGAGCAUGUAGUAUUAUCAUUGAGAAUGUUGGGUAGAUAUAGUAGAUAAUUGGGACAUGAUAAUAACUAUUCAGAAUUAACUGGAAAGUUAAAUGACAUAGUUGAUUAAUUGACAGAAUAUGGUAUAUAAUUAAAUAUUCAUUAUUUUAAGAUGUAAUCGAUGUAUUAUUUUGGUUGAGGAAAUUUAGAUAAAAUAAAAUACCAACUAAUUUUUAAUAAUAGGCUUAAAUAAAAUUAUUUUAGAGAAUAUAAUAGAUGUCAGAGAAUCAAAUGUUCUCAUUUAGAAAUAUGUGUAAUGUAUAUUUUGACUUAUCACUACUUAAUCAUUCAAAUGACUAAUUAGCAAAAUCAAUCUCUGAAUAACUUCUAGUUACUAAAUAACUUUCACCAUUCUUAAUUAUCCAACUCUUUAGUUCACUUGUAGUUAAGGUAAAUAAUUGUGCAGUCUCAAAGAAUGAUAUAUCAAUCCUUAAUAAUGCUGUUAAAGUAGUGGAAGGACUUUUAGAAGAAUUAGAUAUUGAAUAAGUAAAAUAUUAUUUAUAUUUAGAAAUCUUUACUUUUUAAAAAUCUUGCAGAAGUACAAUUUCAAAAUAUUGGACCAAAAUAUUCAAUUCCUAAUUUAGUUAAAUAAGUUAAAGAGUUGUUAUUAUAAAAGAUUGAAUUAUUAUAGGAAGAUUCUGUACUUAAUAUUUUUAAGGCAUACUAAAGUUUACCAAGAUAUUUUGAUUAAGAUCUUGUAAAAGAAUUGAAAGAUAUGAUUAUAACAACUAUUGAAUAGAAUCCAAAUAAUUUAUCAUCAAAAUUCUUAGUACAUCUUAUUGAAAGAAUUACUAAUUCUCACAAUUCUAGAUUCCCUUAAGAUCUGAUGAAAAAAAUUAUUGGAGAAUUAACUUAAAGAAUUUAGAAAAAAGAAAUUGAACCUUAACUUUUAAGUUAAUUAUCUACUAGUUUAUUGACAUAUAAAAAGUUUGAUGAUUUAACAACAGCUUUAAAAGAAAGUGGUGAGACAAAUGUUAAAAUUCUCAAUUAUUUAUAUUUAAGUGGAAUCAAUAUGAAAGAUUAUGUUGAUUAAUUUGCUUAGAGUUCAGAAUCAAAGAGAAUUAAUACUUAUAAUGCUUUACAUUAUUUAAUUUAUGCUCAAAGAGAUGCAUAAGAACAUGUAGAAAAAUUCAUGACUAUUUGUAAAUCAGUAAUAUAAUCAAAUCCACAUUCUCUCUUAAAAACAAUACUUGAUAUUAAGAUUCAUACUUAAAUCAAAUAUUAAGUGCAAGAGGAAGCAUUUAUGUAAAUCAUUGAAAAUGUUAAAUCAAAAAAAAUUGAAAUCUUUAAGGUUUUAAAGGAAUUAUUGAAUUCUUGCAUUAAUCAUAGAUGUAAAUAAGCUUUAUUGCAAUUAAGUGAAAUAUCAGAAGGCAAAAUAUAAGCAAAAUUAAUCUUAAGUAAAGUUAUUGGUGAUUAGGAGGAAUUUGAUUCAGAUAAAUUAUCAAUAGUUUUAUAAUUAUUAUAAAAAGAUCCAAGUAAUAUUCCAAUUUUCAAAUUUGUUGAUUUUUUAACUUUGAAUGUAUAAAGCUUAUUUGGAUUAGUAAGAAGUGAUCAAAUUUAAUGGGUAUGUUAGGUUAUAUUAUCUGCCUAUUAAACUUAACCAUAAGCUAGAUUAAAUGCAUUAGUAAAUUUCGUUGAAAGAUUUGAAAGUGCAGGUUACACAAGUAGAAAUGUUACUUAAUUGGUUAAAAAGGUUGCUGAGAUAUAUAGAACAGCUAAUCCUAAUGUUCCAUAUCCAGAUUCAACAUUCGUUUAAAUUAUGAUAAAUUAGAAUAUUCUUACACCUGAAGAUGCUGUCAUUUAAUUGAAUAAUGAAAGAUCUUAUUAAUAUUUAAAAAUAUAGUUAUGUGGUAUUGCAUUAUAAUUAGAAAAUCCUCCUGAAAAUGUUCUAUAAUUAAAAGAAAAAAUUAAAGCUGAUUGUUAAUUAGAUGCUGAAGAAAUGAAAAUUAAAUAAAUUUAAGAAGCUGCAACUUUAUUCAAAUUGACAUAAAAUGAAACUGAUAAAAUUAGGAAUCAAAUUAAAACUAUAUCAUCUAAAUUAUCACCUAGAUAAUACUUUGAUUUAGUUAUGAAUUCUAAAGAACUUACAAUUAUCAAAGAAUUAGUAACUAUAUUCCCAUAAAUUGGUAAUAAAUUAGGAUUAAUUAAAUUGAUAAAGGUUGUUGAAAAGUUUUAAAGAAGUCAUGUUACAAAUCAAAUGAUAUAUAAUAUUUUAUUAGAGUAAUAUGGAUAGUAAUUUAAUUCAUCUUAUAAUGAAUUGAGAGUCUAAGUUUUAACUAUUUUAUCAGGUGGUAAACUUAAAUAAGUUGAUGUAUUUUAGAAAACACUUGAAAGAAUUAAUAAAUCACCUUAAUUUUAUAAGACAUAUUUUGGUGAUAUUUUAGAAUCUCUUAUUUAAUUAGGUUUGACUGAACCUGAUAUUGUAUCAUUAAUUAAAUCUAUGGUUGAAAAAUAAGUUCUAAGCCAUUCAACCAAUUUAAAAUUAAUUCAUUAUUAUAUUAUGGCUGAAUAACCUAUAGAAGAAAUUGAGAAAAUUGCAAAAACAUUGGAAGCCUUUAAAACAAAGGAAACUAAUAGAAUUGGUUUAAUAUAUGAUAUAUUAAAAAGAUAAUAUCCAGAAUCAACUGUAACAUAAAUUCAUGAAGCAUUAAUUAAAGAAGAGAGAAUUACUAAUUCUAUUAAAAAAAAUCAAUUUUCUGUAGAGUAUAUUCAAAAACUUUUACAGGCAGUAGGAAUUGAAGCAGAAAUUAAUUAUACAUUAGAUAAAGUUUAAAUUGAAAUGUAUUUACCUUAAACGUAAUAUAUUUAUUCUAUUUUUUAUUAGUUAAUAAUCAGUUCUUAUCCUAACAGGAUACAACUUAAAUUUUGAUAAAGUAACAUUAACUGGUUAAGGUAUUUUGUAAAAGAAAUUAUUAUCUCUUAUUUCAAAGGAGGUUUGCACAAUCAAUUUUAAAGAAUUAUUUGAUAUAACAAAUUAUGAAGACAAAGUUAAAUAUAUAUAAAAUUAAGGUAUUUUAUCUAUUAAACUUUAGGAAUAAAAAUCACUAUAGAUCCAUCUAAAGCUGAUUUUAAUGCUGUUAAAUAAUUAGAAAAGAGAGAAAAUUAAAAAAAACCAAAUCAAAAAAGACUAUAACAAAAUGACCAAGAUGAAAUUUUAGAUCAUUCAGAAGUCGCCUAAUGAGUU